UGAAGCGCUUAACAUCUUUAUGCAUCCUGUUUCAUUCCCUAAAAGAGCAAAAAGUAAUAGGAAAUCACUGUUUGUCCGCUUUAAAAAUCCAGUAGAUGCUUAAUCUCGAUAAAGUCAAUAGUCCUAUUUUUAAGUAAAUCAACUUGAUUUGUAAUAUGGGUACAUUUUUGAAUUCAAAAUGGAUAUUCUUUCUAUUUAUUAUAAGCUACACCCUGAGCACCACCACAGGGAGAUUUGCAUUCAGAACUAGAGUAAAGGCUUUACCCAAACCUUCGACCUCAUUUAGUUUCCCUCAACCAUCUUUCACUUUUCAUAAACCCACAAACUUCAAACCAUCAUUUGACGAAAUUCUUCUCCUGCGGAUCCCUGACAGAAAAUUCUUCGCUCCUCCACCUCGAAGGACUGUCCCUGAUAUUCCCCCUCCCCCUCGAAGAGGUGUCAACAAUAUUCCUCCUCCUCCUCCAAGAGCUGUCGACAAUAUUCCUCCUCUACCUCCAAGAGCUGUCGACAAUAUUCCUCCUCCACCUGCAAGAGCUGUAGACAAUAUUCCUCCUCCACCUGCAAGAGCUGUAGACAAUAUUCCUCCUCCACCUGCUAGAGCUGUAGACAAUAUUCCUCCUCCACCUGCAAGAGCUGUAGACAAUAUUCCUCCUUCACCUGCAAGAGCUGUCGACAAUAUUCCUCCUCCACCUGCAAAAGCUGUAGACAAUAUUCCUCCUCCAUCCUCGACAGGCCUUAAAGAUAUUCCUCCCCCUUCCUCAAAGUCAUCCCCUACCCUUGAGAAGCAAAAAUCUUCACUAACAGAUGCGAAUAAAAAUCCUGCUUCCCAGGACUCUCCGUCGAAACCAAACAAGCAAUCAAAACCUAAGGACCCAGAAAGUGACCUACAGUCGGAUUCUUCGAAAGCUAAGGAGUUUGAUCAGAAAUCGGAAACAGAUCAAUUAUCCGCGGAAAAGCAUCAACAUCCACCACAUUCGAAAAAAAAGAAAUCGAAAGAUGAACCCCCGGACAUAGAUAUUCCAGAAUUGGAAGCAGAAGAGGAUAUUUCAAAUCCCAAUCUUCCGAAUGCAGAUGAGAAGUCAAAGGACAAACCAAACCAAGAUGAUUCUUCGAGUUGUGAAUUCCUGAAAUUCGUUAAGAACAAAAAGAUUUUAUGGAAAUGUGGUCGCUUGUCUCACGAGAAAAUUGCUUGCCUAGUAAAAUGCAGAAAGCCAUUUCAAUUGGACGCUUCAUCCUAUGCUAUAUAUGAAUGCAGCCAUGAAGUUGGUUGGAUACCAAAAACCAUACCCAAAUGUGUUUUACCAGGACCGGAGUAAUGAGCAGAUUUGAAACAUCUACAACAUAAUAGAAAAUGAUCGUUGGAAAAAUUCCGAAAAUGUUAAAUAAAAUAAGCGAUUGCUACAUCACAGAACGAUUUUUUUUCUGCUUAAAAAUAACUUACAUUUUUUUUUCUUUUGAAAGAUAAUUAUUCUAAUAUUCUUUUUAUUCUACU